CGUCGCGCAGCGCGGCCACGAGCCUGAUCAGAGCAGGAGCUGAUCACAGAAAACUACGGCAGAAAACCUCCCACACAAGCUAUUUCACCAGUUUCCAUUCAGUGAACUUUCACUACAACUUCCAGACAGUUGGGGGAUGUGGGACUCCCACCUGUAACCCAGAGACAUCCGUUGACCAGCGAUGAGAGGGUCUUACCUGCUGCAGUGGUGACUACAAUGUCUCUAGGAGAAGUGAUCCGUGAAUGACGGUGUGACCCAAGAGAAAUCACUGUUCGGGCCCCGACGCAUCCAGGAGCCACUUGUUCCACUUGCAUAUAAAGCAUACCAUCAUUCCCAGUCAGCUGUUGCAAUGCUGGUGCCAGGACCUCUGUGGGUGACCCUGGCGGUGAUGUGGGUGGGAAGCUGCAGGGCUCACAGCUCCUUUACCUGUGAGCCCAUCAAGAUGCACCGGUGCAUGGGGAUGCCCUACAACAUGACCUUCUUUCCCAACAUGAUGGAGCACUACGAUCAGGACAUUGCAGCCAGUAAAAUGGAGCCAUUCAUGCCCCUGAUCUCUCUGCAUUGUUCUCCGGACGUCCACCACUUCCUGUGCCAAGCCUUUAUCCCAGAAUGCAUCGGGGAGAGCGUGGUGGUUCGGCCGUGCAGGGAAAUGUGUGAGGCUGUUCUGUCUGACUGUAGGAAAAAUAUUGACGUCUUUGGCGUCACCUGGCCCCCUGAGCUAAAGUGUGAAAAACUGGAACCAUGCGGGGGAUCAGUGCAUCCUGCCACCACUCCGUUGACGUCUUCAUCUCCAAAGAGAGAUCUGGGUUUCUGGUGCCCGCUGCAGCUGAAGACCAAGCCCGGCCACAGCUCGGUUUUCCUGGGGGCCCAGGAUUGUGCGCCGCCCUGCGCCAACAUGUACUUUAAGCCACACGACAUCGAAUUUGCCAAGAGCUUCAUCGGCGUGUGUUCCAUCAUCUGCCUGGGCGCCACACUCUUCACGUUCCUCACCUUCCUCAUCGACGUCAAGCGCUUCCGAUACCCGGAGCGCCCCAUCAUCUUCUACGCCGUCUGCUACAGCUUCGUCUCGCUCAUCUACUUCAUCGGCUUCCUGCUGGGGAACAGCGCCGCCUGUGUCAAAGCGUCCAGUCCUGCAGGAGUAGACACCGUGGUGCUGGGCUCUCAGAGUAAAGGCUGCACGCUUCUUUUUAUGCUCCUCUACUUCUUCUCCAUGGCAGGCAUCGUCUGGUGGGUCAUACUCACCAUCACCUGGUUCCUCGCAGCCGGACCCAAGUGGAGCUGCGAGGCUAUCGAGAAGAAAGCGGUGUGGUUUCACUCUGCCGCCUGGGGCAUCCCCGGGGCGCUCACCGUCAUGCUGCUGGCUCUGAACAAGGUGGAGGGGGACAACAUCAGCGGAGUGUGUUUUGUGGGGCUCUACGACCUGGACGCGCUGCGCUUCUUUCUGCUGGCUCCGCUGUGCGUGGGCGUCAUCGUGGGCCUCUUCCUCAUCCUGGCAGGCAUCGUCUCCCUCAACCACGUCCGGCAGGUGAUCCAGCACGACGAGCGCAACCAGGAGAAACUGAAGAAGUUCAUGAUCCGCAUCGGCGUGUUCAGCUGCCUGUACCUGGUCCCGCUGGUCACCCUGUUAGCCUGCUACACCUACGAGCAGAGUCGCCGCAGCACCUGGGAGAAUACCUGGAUCGACGACCGCUGCCAGGAGUACAGCAUCCCCUGCCCCUACCAGACUUCAGAACGCGACCGGCCCGACCUCUCACUGUUCCUUGUGAAGUACUUGAUGACACUGGUGGCAGGAAUCUCUGCAGUGUUCUGGGUCAGCAGCAAGAAGACCUGCUCCGAGUGGGCCUACUUCUUCAACAGGACCCGCAAGACCGACCCCAUCAGUGAGAGCCGGCGAGUGCUCCAGGAGUCCUGCGAGUUCUUCCUGAAGCACAACAAUCGCGUCCAGCACAAGAAGAAGCACUACAAGCCCAGCUCUCACAAGCUCAAAGUCAUCUCCAAGUCCAUGGGCACGAGCACGGCCGCCACUCCCACCAGUCCUGGCAUCAGCGUCUCCACCCUGGGCAACCACGAGCCCCACAUGCAGGGCUCCCUGUCUGACGCCUCGGCCCGGGGGCCGCUGGACCGGGGAACCCCCAACCGGAGCUCCAGGAGGACGGACAGAGAGCCGGAGAAGGAGGGAGGGGAGAGACGCAGCAAAGGGGGGAGCUCCAGCAAGAUCAGCAGCCGCUCGGAGAGCAUCAACAGAGUUGCAGAUGGGAGGAUGACUCCGCGGAGCGAGCUGUCGGAGGUGAGGCCGGUGGCUGUCGGACAUCAGCAGCACUCAGCUCUGAACCUGUCACACAGCAGCAGCUUCCAGGACUCCGCCCAGCAGAUGCUGCACCAGCUGUGUGAGGAAACCAAGGACCCAAAGGACAUCUGACAUCCCAAAUGUACUUGUUCACUCAUCUUGUAACCACUCAGUCAGACUUGAUGUUGAAUUCUUGUUUGCUCAGAUUGUAGCCGGUGGAUGUUUCUUGUCAGCAAAGUGAGACAUACCUCGAUAAAUUUCAAAUGUGGUGUGUUGGACCAGAAUUUGUGGUAUUAAACCUAAACCUGCUCAUCUUAGAUGACUUAUAUCACACCCCCUGACUGUGCAACAACCAGUCUUCAUUUGAUACUGUAGCACGCAUUAGUUCUCCUGUCUUAUAGAUAAGUUGUUGAAUCACAUGCCCAACUCCCUAGUAAACAGAUGCAAUAUUUAUGUAAAUAUUCUUAUUUUUAAUGUAGCGUUUAAGCUUUUUACUGAACUAGUAACUACACUGAGAGUUGUAAUACAGAGGUCAUAAAAAAUAGCCAAAAAUCCUGCCAAGGAAAGUUGUUGCGUGUCAAACGGUUGAUGAGUUGCUUUUCCCGGAUCGAUGUUUGUUUUCAGACCUCAUAUUGUACUACACAUUAUGUGCCACUUAUUUCACUCUUUUUGAGAAACUCUUAAAUAUAUUACUGAUGAUAGUGUCAAAUUUGACCAUUUCUUUAGAGUCUGUUUUGUUUUGUGAUUAUUUUUUUUUUCUUAUUUCUGUUUUAUUUAAGAAUGUAUACGUCCACUCAGCGUGGGGAAAGUACAGCUUUGUCAUUUUCUUAAAGAAUGUACCUUUUGUCUGCAGGUGUUUUUACACUGGUGAUGCUGUAAAUUCAUCGACUUUUAUCAGUAAACAAAUCUCGUGGGCUUUGCACUAUUUGUUAAUAACCACUAAUUACUACGUAGUCACAAAACACAGCUGACUAUUUAGGAAUAUCUGCGGUGGUCGUUGACGGACGACACCUCAAGUCGGUCCAGAACGACUUCCUCUGAAAACGCAUCCUGCUGUAUUGUCUGUUAUGCUGCACAAGGGACCGGUCGUACCCUUGAAUUUACUUGUGUUUUGGUUUUGGGGGGUCACAGGACAGCUCCAAAACAAAGAUUUAAAGGGAAUUUGUAUUAAUGGAUGAUUUUAUUUUGUAUUCCUGUUACAGUAAUGAUGUGUCUAGGUCUGGUGUAGUCUAUCAGAUGUUCUGUACGCUCUCCAUCCAUUUGCACUGUGCUUUUUUUACUGAGGCUUUUCUUUUCUACAACUUUUGUAUCUGAGAUGUUUUACGCUGAUAAAGUGUUUAAUUAAAACACUUUUUUUUCCUACUGCAUCACUUAA